GAGUGCCCUACAUAUAUGUCCGAGGCCUCAUGAAAACCCCUUAAAACCCACGCACACCCUUUGCAAGUCGUUCGAUCUUUUCUCGAUGCGGCGAUGAGCGACGACGGCGGGCGUCCAUCCCAGGUGGCGGGAUCGCCGGACUCGCGGCACGACUCGAAGCGAUCCCUCGACGUCCCCUUGGAAUCCUCGAAGCCGUCAAAGCUUUCGAGGUCUAUGCCGGAAGGCGAGGUGGGUGUAGAGGAGGCCAAAGAUCGGGUGGAAGAGGGGCGCGAGAUCAUGAGCCAAAACCAUAGAAUCCAGAGGUAUUUGGUGGCGGUGGAGUACAUUGGGACCCGGUUCUCGGGAUCCCAGAAGCAGCCCAAUUGCAGGACCGUCGUCGGCGUUCUUGAGGAGGCUUUUCAUAAAUUUGUUGGACAGCCUGUUUCUAUCUUCUGCUCUAGUAGAACAGAUGCAGGAGUGCAUGCUUUAUCAAAUGUAUGCCAUGUUGAUGUGGAACGCAUAAGUAAAAGAAAGCCUGGUGAAGUGUUGCCACCACAUGAACCUGGAGUUGUUAGACGUGCUGUGAACCAUUUCUUACAGAAGAACGAAGGUGAUAUAAUGGUGAUUGAUGUUCGACGUGUCCCAGCAGAUUUUCAUGCUAGAUUCAAGGCCCUAGAGCGCACGUACCACUAUCGCAUACUCUCUGGGCCAGAGCCCUUGUCAACCUUUGAGAAAGAGCGUGCCUGGCAUGUUCCAGAGGAUAUAGAUAUUCUUGCUAUGAAGAAAGCAUGCAGCAUACUUGUUGGUUGUCAUGAUUUCAGCUCAUUUAGGGCUGCUGGCUGCCAGGCAAACUCUCCUAUUAAAACCCUAGAUGAACUUAAUGUUACUGAAGUUUUUCCUUCCCUUUACUUCCCAUCAAUUUCGGAGAGAACAGAGGUGGAAUCCUUGAAUGGGCAUCAUUCUAAGACACCAGAACUGGAAUCAUUCACAGAAUGUUCUAAUGUCUCUCAUAUGAGUGUUGGGAAGUGCAAUGCUGAAAGUGGUCGAGAGUUUGGCCGAAGAUCAAGGCAUCGUUGCUAUGUUAUAACAGCACGAGCACGCUCUUUUCUUUACCACCAGAUGUUCAACUUCUCCUAUUCUGCUUCAUUGCUGGAAAUCUUUCUGCCAAACAAGAUGUUACCAAGCCAAUGCUCUUAGAGAAGGAUUAUCAACCCAAUUGAAAGAGGGAGGGGAGAGGCCAUAAAAUUCAGCUGAGAGUAGAUGGAGGAUGCUGCUGCUACUGCUUUAUUGUUUUGUUCUACUGGAAGUGUGAAGGUCAGAAUGAUGGUGAUCUGAAAAAGAGCCAUCGUCUUGCCUGUAUUGAAUCUGCAGUCUUAGCCCACAUGAAAGGAUUCCAAAUGUCGAAGUCAUGGUCAGACUGAUGGUUGGUGUCCUAAAAUCUGUUGGGACUGGGGACUUAACAUUUAGCAAUGUUGAAAAAAUUCUGAAUGCAAAGACAAUUGCUGCUGCAAGUCCUAUGGCUCCUGCUUGUGGUCUCUACCUUGGCAAUGUGAAAUAUGAUCUUCCAUGAAUUUUCUGAAAUGAAAUUAUUCUAACUAAUGGACACUGUAAUUGGAGUUUCUGCCAAAUGCAACAUGCCUUGCUGCAUCAGUCUAAGGUGGAUAUGCACUACAGAAUGUAUACAAGGCUUUUCUUCUAGAAUGAUGUUGACUCUCUGUGAUCCCUUCGCCUCAAGUUCUUUAAAGCAGGUACUCAGUUUACCUUUAUUAUUCUGGAUGCUUCUUGGUGGCUCAUCAAAUGGCAACCAGUGAAUGCCAGAGCGCUGGUUAAGCUUGCAAUCAACUGUGCAAAGAGGUGUAGAAUCCAUGUACUCUGAAAUGCAAAUCAUCAUUUGCUAGGCUUUCGUGAUGAGGGUCUGCAUGAAAGCCGAAUCUAUAUGCUUGUGGAAUUCUUGGAGUACAUCUCAAGUAGCUGCACCUAAAUAGUCCAUUUUAAUAACCUUGCACACAAAAAAGGACGUUCUCUGUUCCCUACAUAAUUUAUGCCCUUUUUAUUACCAUGAAUAUAUUUCCUUCAAUAGAAAUUUGAUGGUACACACCUCCAAGAAAAUAAACAAUUUCAUUUUAGCUAUUAUAUGGAGCAAGUAGUUAUAAUUUCUACUCCUUGUGCAUGACUGCAGGACAGAACUAUUGUUAGAUUCAUCUAUGAUAUGAUGCUUUUGAGUCUUGGCUGCUAUUUUGAAUUCUUAUCCAUCUUAAGAAGUAAGAACUCCCUUUCUUAUUCAUAACAUUCAUAACUUUGAUUCUUUUUUCUUCCUCUCAAAAUUCCAUAUAUUGAGGUAUAAUCCUCUUGUAAGGUAAAGAAAAGGUUGUCCUUCGAAAGAGGCAGCAUAAGGCUGCCAUGAAAAGAGAGCACAAGAGAGAGCCCCGUGAAAGAAAGAAAGGAGGUGACUCGAAGUCAAGGAUGGGCAUCAGAAACCCUCCAUUUUCUCAAUCGCUAUAGUAGUGCACUUGGAAAAGGACACUGCACGAGUUUAAAGCGCAAACCCCUGCUUCUUUAUGGCAGUGUGGAUUGAUUGAUAUGAUGGCUCUAUUGGUAGCAUGGUUCUUUCCUCUCCCGUGCUCUUCUUUGGUUAAUGUGGGUCUGGUGCUAAAGGCCUCAAUUCAUGUUUCCCUUUGAUCUGGCACAAUUUCGAGCUCUGGGGCAGAUUGUAGCUCGUUGUGCCUCGCCAUGUGGUGUUUUGGACUUCUUCCAAGGAAGGGGUGUAUGUUUCCCGCUGUGUGCCGUGCAGUGGUAUGAGUCAAUCCUGGUGGUGUCCCACUGGUUUUUGUGACGAUGAUGUCCAGAGAGGAGAUUUGAAUGGGACCUGAAGUUUUGAUUGAUUUGGACAGAACGGUGUGAUAGAAAAUGAAGAAGAGUUGAUGAGAAAAUUGGUUUGGUCUGAAAGAAGCAUGAUGGAAUGUGGGGAAGGAGAAGAUGAUGGAAAGGACUGAGCCUGUCAGUGGUACUAGGCAGCUCAAGCUCAGCCUGGAAGCUAAACAGGCUGCUUGAGCUCGGCUUGGACUCAAUCCAAACUCAAUGUACCUUGGUCAAGCUCCGCUCAGAUAUGCCUUGAUCCCAGCUUUAGCUGAACCAAGCCAAGCUAUUCCACUAUCAGCCAUUCAGGCUGGCUGGUUCAAGAGAUGAGCUCGAAGAUGUUUUUGAGCUCGGAUCAUUUCCUAGUUGAGCUGGGAUCGAAUGACCUCUUUAAGUGAUGUUGCAUAGAAUGCUCCAUUUUUCACCCAUUAAUCAUGACGAAGAAAUUGCUAGAUUUGGUUUUCAAGCAGUUUUUGUUAGUGUAGAUUAUAUUCCAUAGUUUAGAUCUUGAAAUUGGAUAGUCCAUGGACUUUGAAUUGUCAACAUUUUUUCAAAGGAUUUUCAAUUAUGCAAGGGGUUCUCUACUGGAUUUGCCUGUAUGGCAUUGCUAUCCACAUA